UCUGUCCACGUGAAUUUCAGACGUGGACCAUCAAUAAACACUAUUACGCGAGGUUUGUUUUGAUGAUAUUUUCAAAGUUUCAAAUUUUCAAAUUUUCUUUUUUCAGAAACAAAAAGCAAUGUUUUUCCACAAUUUUCACCGUUAUUCGGUUCGACUAGAAUUUCUAAGAAAUUUUUCCACAUUAAGAACAAAUAUUGCAUUAAAUUUAUCGAAAAAUUUUGAAAACGUAUCACUUGUUGAAUUUCCAUUGAAAAAAUCCUCUACAUUUAAUCUUUCAGAAUUUAUUGAAAUUGAAAAUGCCCAUAAACGUUGCCAUGAACAACAUCUAGAUGAUAAUCCAAAUUAUUAUCCAAGUGUUACAACAAUAUUAAAUCAAACAUUAUCACCUGAAUCAUUAGCAGCAUUGAAAAAAUGGGAAACAGAAAAAAUCAGACAAUUUGGAUUGGAAGGUUUCGAAAGAUAUCGUAAAGAAUUAUUUUCACGUGGUCGAUGGUUACAUAAUAAUAUUCGAACAUAUUUGGAAACAAAAGAUUCAUCGCGAUUAAAAAUCUCAACCAAAACACAGGAAAAUAUGUGGAAAAGUAUUGAAAUGAUUCUACCGAAUAUUAAUCGAUUAUAUGCAUCCGAAAUGAUUGUUUAUCAUCCGAUUCUAAAAUUUCGUGGAAUUCUCGAUACAUUAGCCGAAUUUCAUGAAAUACCAGCAUUAAUUGAAUGGAAAACAUCGGAAAAAUUACGACCAACUAUUGCACAUACAUAUGAUAAUCCAUUACAAGCUGUUGCAUAUUAUUCUUGUUUACAAUUUAACGAUAAUUAUCAACAACAGAAACUGAAUUUGGAUCCACCGUCAAUGUUGGCAAAGGAAAUUCUUCUAAUCAUUGCAUAUGAAGAUGGUACAAAAGCAAACAUUCAUAUUAUUGAACCAUCAUUAAGUUUAACAAUAUGGCGUAAAUUUUUACAAAGAUUAGAAAGAUAUUGGUCGGUGAUUGGUAAAUCAAAUUUAUAAUCUUCUUUAAUUAAUAAAAUAAAAUAAAAUUCAAAUUUCGAAUCAAUAA